CUUGGGAUGACACGUUAGGAGCAUCCUAUCAUCUCCACGUGGUAGCCAGCCUGCUCCUCCUGUAACGUCGUUUUUAAUGUCUGCAUGGUACCGCGGAGGAAGGUGCGCCACACGGGAGCAGAUGAGACGUUUCGGGCGCAUGAUGCUCCGCCGAUGUGCAGCGCUGGACCACGUCUGUCUUCCUCUGCCCAGAUCACAGCGUCUCUCUCCGUCUCUGUCUAGAUGGGCUGUAGGCGCUUGUCACUGCAGCGGUGAGCUGGCGGGGCGGACCUCCUUUUUUCAUUUUCUCUCCUUUUUUUAAGGAAAACGUAGCCUUAUACGUGAGGCGCCGCAAGAAUCGUUGCGUGUGCCCCAUCUGGAAGAGGGAAUUCUGCUCUCCCCGCGGUUUUCUUUGCUCAUGACUCGCUGGUGGAAAUUCUUUCUUACGUCUUUUAGACACUGGUUCGGUCGGACUUGACAGCUCGUUUACAGCCACUUGUGUCCGGCUGACACGGACCGGGAGCUGAGUCCCCCGCUUUCAGCAGCCCGCACCGCGUCUGCUUUGGAUGGGAGGCAAGCAGAGCACGACAGGGCGACCCCGGGGCGCGUUUCCCGCUGUCUCCACGGACGAUAACGUGGUGUCGCCCACGGCCCGCUUCGGGCACCAUCGACCGGGCGGCUCCAUGGGACAGCGCAGUCGCUCGGCCAGCUCCGUGGCCGGGAUAGGUGCCGAUCACGGUGGGACCGUACCUUUUGGUGGAGCCGCGGAUGUGGAUGGGGGACCGGGGACUCACAGUAACGGCUAUCGGGGUUCGGGUGGUGGACGUCGCACGGGAAGCAUGCUGUGCUUGGGGGCCCGGGGGACGCUGUCCGCCCCCCUGCCUCUGCACCGGGCGCCCCGGUGGCUGAGCGCCCAUAACGGUUUUAAGUGUCCAAUCUGCUCCAAGUCCGUGGCAUCUACUGAGAUGGAAGUACACUUCAUCAUGUGCCUGAGCAAGCCCCGCCUCUCCUAUAACGAUGACGUGUUGGUGAAGGACUCGGGAGAGUGUGUCAUCUGUCUGGAGGAGCUACAGCAAGGAGACUCCAUUGCUAGACUGCCGUGCCUCUGUAUUUACCACAAAAGCUGCAUCGACUCCUGGUUUGAGAUCAGCCGCUCCUGUCCCGAGCACCCUGCAGACUGAGCCGCCUGGACUGGUGCUGUGACAUGCAGUUAGCGGGUGGUUCCCCCUGAAGGACAUGCCAGGAUGAGUGGUUUCCUGGGAAAGCGUCUACUGUUGCCACAACUCUGUACUGGAUUAGCACUUAUGAACAUGGAUAUUUGUGAUCUAUUUCUGAAAACUGGUGUCUCCAUACUUGACUCAGACUCAAAAAGCAGGGAGACGUGUCCACAGCACUGAUACAUAUUUAUAGAGUGCUCACAGGAGGUUGGAACACUUGCUUAAUUCUUUAAAAAUGUUGCAGUUUUUUUUUUUUGGUUUUAUAACAAAAGUCCAUUGACAAGCAAUGUUUAAUAUAACUGUGCAUAGUUUCUGCACAGACAUUUUUUAAGUAGUUUUUUUACUGACUCAUUCAGUUCUCUUCCUGCCAUUUUGCUAUUAAUUGCAAUUGUAGUCAAUGGCUCCCAAAGGGAUACUAAACACAUAUGUUUGGCGUUUUAUGUUAUUGCAAAGGUGUUACUAAUUAAAAAGCACCCGACGAGGCUGCUUGUCAGUGAACUUUAACU